CCAAAGGCUCAAAUUAACUGGAGGACUGGCAUUAUUUCAGAUCCUGGUCCCCCAUACGUCAGUGACAUUGGAACUUCCCUGUAUUAAAUGGUUUGCAGCCUUUCUGAUAGUGUGAGAGGAGGAGGAGCCUCCACUGGUCCAAGCUAUUUUCAGCGGUGAUCCAGAGGAGAUACGGAUGUUGAUCUACAAAACUGAGGAUGUCAACGCCUUGGAUGCUGAGAAGCGAACUCCUCUUCACGUUGCGUCAUUUCUUGGGGAUGCAGACAUCAUUGAGCUUCUUAUUUUGUCAGGCGCUCGUGUUAAUGCCAAAGACAAUAUGUGGCUGACUCCUCUCCAUCGAGCAGUUGCUUCAAGGAGCGAAGAAGCGGUGCAAGUACUGAUCAAGCACUCAGCUGAUGUCAAUGCUCGGGACAAAAACUGGCAGACCCCGUUGCACGUGGCAGCCGCAAACAAGGCAGUAAAGUGUGCAGAAGUUAUCAUUCCCAUGCUGAGCAGCGUCAAUGUCUCUGACCGAGGCGGGAGGACAGCAUUGCAUCAUGCAGCUCUGAAUGGCCACAUUGAGAUGGUGAACUUACUCUUAGCCAAGGGUGCAAACAUCAAUGCUUUUGACAAAAAGGACAGAAGAGCUCUUCACUGGGCUGCAUACAUGGGUCACCUGGAAGUUGUUGCCUUACUGAUUAAUCAUGGUGCAGAGGUGACUUGUAAAGACAAGAAGGGUUACACCCCGCUUCAUGCAGCUGCAUCCAAUGGGCAGAUUAACAUUGUGAAACACCUCCUUAACCUGGGAGUAGAGAUUGACGAAAUGAACAUCUAUGGAAAUACUGCGCUUCAUAUUGCCUGUUACAAUGGUCAGGAUUCUGUUGUUAAUGAGCUGAUUGACUAUGGUGCUAAUGUAAAUCAGCCCAAUAAUAAUGGAUUCACUCCCUUGCAUUUUGCUGCUGCCUCCACUCAUGGAGCACUGUGUCUUGAACUACUAGUGAAUAAUGGGGCAGAUGUUAACAUUCAGAGUAAGGAUGGGAAGAGCCCACUGCACAUGACAGCUGUCCAUGGGAGGUUCACGCGGUCACAGACCCUCAUUCAGAAUGGAGGAGAAAUCGACUGUGUUGAUAAGGAUGGUAACACCCCGUUGCACGUGGCUGCAAGAUAUGGACACGAGCUAUUGAUUAACACACUCAUAACCAGCGGAGCCGAUACUGCCAAGUGUGGGAUCCACAACAUGUUUCCUCUGCACCUAGCAGCACUGAAUGCUCACUCAGAUUGCUGUAGGAAAUUGUUGUCCUCGGGACAAAAGUAUAGCAUAGUGUCCUUGUUUAGUAAUGAGCACGUGCUGUCUGCAGGCUUUGAAAUAGACACCCCUGAUAGUUUUGGAAGAACAUGCCUCCACGCUGCCGCUGCAGGAGGUAAUGUUGAAUGUAUAAAACUCUUGCAAAGCAGUGGAGCAGAUUUUAAUAAGAAGGACAAACAUGGGAGGACACCUUUGCACUACGCAGCUGCAAAUUGUCAUUUCCACUGUAUUGAGACACUGGUGACCACAGGAGCCAAUAUUAAUGAAACUGAUGACUGGGGACGCACCCCUUUGCACUAUGCUGCUGCUUCUGACAUGGACCGAAAAAGAAAGAAUAUUUUAGGUAACUCCCAUGAAAAUGCUGAAGAACUUGAAAGAACCAGUGAAAUGAAGGAAAAAGAAGCUGCACUGUGUCUGGAGUUCCUUCUACAGAAUGAUGCCAAUCCAUCCAUCCAAGACAAAGAGGGGUACAACACUGUGCAUUAUGCUGCUGCAUACGGACACAGGCAGUGUUUGGAACUGCUUCUGGAAAAAAACAGCAAUAUGUUUGAGGAAUCGGAUUCUUCAACUACGAAAAGUCCUUUGCAUUUAGCUGCCUAUAACGGUCAUCAUCAAGCCUUGGAGGUGCUGCUCCAGUCUCUGGUAGAUCUGGAUAUUAAGGAUGAGAAAGGACGCACUGCUUUGGACCUGGCUGCAUUUAAAGGGCAUGCAGAGUGUGUGGAAGCUCUCAUCAGCCAGGGUGCUUCUGUCACUGUAAAAGACAAUGUCACCAAAAGGACCCCUCUGCAUGCUUCAGUCAUUAAUGGUCAUACGCCUUGUUUACGGCUGUUGCUAGAAGUUGCAGACAACCCUGAUGUGACGGAUGCCAAAGGACAAACCGCACUAAUGCUUGCAGUGGCAUAUGGACACGUUGAUGCUGUUUCCUUAUUACUUGAAAAAGAAGCAUCUGUAGAUGCAGCAGAUCUCCUGGGAUGCACAGCUUUACAUCGAGGGAUUAUGACUGGGCAUGAAGAAUGCGUUCAGAUGCUUUUAGAGAAGGAAGUAUCCAUUUUAUGUAAAGAUGCUAGAGGUAGAACACCUUUGCACUUUGCAUCAGCUCGGGGUCAUGCCACUUGGCUGAGUGAAUUACUGCAGAUUGCACUUUCAGAGGAAGACUGCAGUUUAAAGGAUAAUCACGGUUAUACACCACUGCACUGGGCUUGUUACUAUGGUCAUGAAAACUGCAUAGAGGUACUAUUGGAGCAGAAAUUUUUCCGCAAGUUUUAUGGUAAUAGCUUCUCUCCGUUGCACUGUGCUGUAAUCAACGAUCAUGAAAACUGUGCAUCAAUGCUCAUCGGAGCCAUCGAUGCCAGCAUUGUCAAUUGCAAAGAUGACAAAGGAAGGACGCCCCUUCAUGCAGCAGCCUUUGCGGAUCACAUGGAGUGCCUCCAGCUCCUCCUGAGUCACAGCGCUCAAGUGAAUGCUGUGGAUCAUGCAGGGAAAACAGCUCUCAUGAUGGCAGCUCAGAACGGUCAUGUCAGUGCUGUUGACUUUUUGGUGAAUAUAGCCAAGGCUGAUCUGUCAUUAAGAGAUAAGGACUUGAAUACAUCGUUGCACUUGGCUAGCAGUAAAGGUCAUGAAAAAUGUGCCUUGUUAAUACUUGACAAGAUACAAGAACAGAGCCUUAUUAAUGCAAAAAAUAAUUCAUUGCAGACACCUCUCCAUAUUGCUGCACGUAAUGGAUUAAAGAUGGUGGUUGAGGAGUUACUAGCGAAAGGGGCAUGUGUCCUAGCAGUAGAUGAAAAUGGUCAUACGCCAGCCCUGGCUUGCGCUCCUAACAAAGACGUGGCUGACUGCCUGGCACUCAUUUUGGCUACCAUGAUGCCUUUUUCUCCUUCCAGUUCAAUGACGGCUUUCAACUUCACUUGUUAUAGAAAAGACAAUUUGGGCAGGACACAUGUCUGCGAUGGCUCUGCUACGGGUAGCAUUAACUCUUACAAUAAGCCUUUGAGUAAUAACCUAGGAACAGAGGAUGCGUACAAUGAAAAUGAUUCUGAUUCUGAAACAUUUUGACUUUUUGGUAUUCAAAAAAUUUUAUUUCAUUAUUAUUUCCUUUCAGUUUUUUUUUUUCUUUUAAGACAGCUUAAAUCCCACUGCGAUAUUCUUAACUAUGACUCUUGACAAGUAGGUGUUGAUAUUUGUAGUGCUAAUGAGAAUUAAGCCUUUAAAUAACCAAGUUGGGGGCAUUUACUAGAACAUAUUCCCAUUACUGUUCUGUGGCUUUUCGUCUUCCUCAUGUUUUCUUUAGGCCCUAAGUGCCCCUGUGGAAAGUCUCUACCUCUAACUUCAAGUAAUUAAAAAAAAGAAAAAGAAAAAAGAAGAAAAAAAAAGAAAAGAAAGAGAGAAAGAAAAUGCCUUUUUUUCCUUCUUGACAGCACAAUUAAACAGGGAAUUGUUUAUAAAAAGUACUUAAAUGAUUUAGCUGUACUGUUAGUACACAAAUGUGUUUCCAACGUAGCCUUCAUAGCAUCAUCCUUUUUCUCUAUUUGUCUUUUUCUUAGUUCCACGGGCUCUAAUAAUUAGGUAUUUUUUUUCACACAAACCAAAGGUAAAGUUGUAAAUCUUAAAACUGCCUGUAUUACUUUUUUACAGGAAAAGAAAUGUUUUACAUUCUGCAUGCAUUAAGCACUUAAACGUACAGAAGGCACUUUUUUUUUUUUUACAGUUAUUAGUUACAGCACACAAUCAGAAAAAUAUAAACUCUUAAGGCCAAAUUCUACUUGUCUUAACAUAUGUCCCACUGACGUUAGUGGAACCACUUGUGGAAAAUGGAAAUGACUUGGUCCUCCCCCCAUACCCCCAGUUCAGCACAAGCAUGAACAGUUGAUUUGCACUACAGAAUUAAGGAAUUAAAGUCAAUAGAAGUUUCUGUCACCUGAGCUGUUAACUAGGAAUCUAGUAUCAGAACAGAAAUGAAAAAUCAGGUGUAGGCAAAGGUGUACAUAAAGGUUUAUGAUGUCUUGCCAACUUUAAGGGAUUUUUUUUCCUAUGCUUAAAUAACUUGUUUUUACUGUAGACAGUAUUGAUUUUUAAAAUACUUCUGCCACUGUUUGGAUUGACAGAACAAAGGUAAAGUAAUGAAAGCGUAACACCAAAAGUUGAAAUACCAAACAGGAGGGAAAACAAAAAUGGACCAGGCAGGGGAUUGGAGAUGCACGCUAAGAGCCUUUUGUCACCAGCUUUGAAGGCAAUGUCAGCUUUGUGAAUAUGUUUACUCCUUCUGCCAAAGUUUCUAGGUCAAAUGGACCGCGAUCCUCUUCUACAACAGAUGUACAAAAGGAAGAAUGAGACUUUAUAAACAAAACAAACGCCUAUCCAAACUAACCAGCUCUACCAAGAGGACCAAAAUGCUUCAGUGAAUAAAUGGAAGACUUUAUUGCUUUUAUUUUUUUCUUCAAAUGUGAGUGACAUAAUGAAGUAGCUUUUCUAAAUCACAAAAAUAUAAACUUUCGAGGUAAUGACUAGUCUUGAGUGAAUUUUACAUUUUAUGACACAGGUUUCAAGAUGACAUUUGUAACUAACGAUGUGUUGACCACAGGUUUGUUCUUUUUUUGUUGUUUUUUUCCAGGCUAAGGAAAACGUUCAUAUGCUUUUAAUGUAAAUGUGUUUAUAUUUAUUUGAAACGAAACAAAUGCCCAGGAAAAAUAACUGUAGCUUUUUCCCUAUGGUAGUAUUUGUGCAUAUUUUUCAGCAUAAUGCAAAAUUAAAUGUGAAUCUAGGCAGGAGUGAUGGCCUGAGUGGAAAGAGGGAGUGAUGCACUUGGGAAGUGCACCCAUCUUACCACUUGGAAUACAAAGAUGAAGUCCACAAGCUAUAUUGGUAAAAUGCAUGAUCAUUUAAGAGCAUAAGAAAGGGAUCCAAAACAUUGCUAGACGAGUGAGAGAACACUGUACAGACACGGGAAAGAGGAAAAGGGUAAUAUAGCAGAGAGUGGGAUGUUAAAGUUCCAGUGAUCCAUGUUCAGAAUGUCUGCAGGCCUAAGUCUUUGCAGGGAGAGUGAGAAGAGCUGCUGCUUCAGUGUACACUUUGGCAGGGUAAAUGAACAGUAGGGAUUUCUAGUUUAGUUGCAGUUUUUAGCUGUGUUCCACUGAACUGUUUAAAAGCUGUCAGCGAACUUCAGUUCUUCAGUUAGAAAAAUGAUACAUUGUUCAUCUUGCCUUGCUAAAAUUAAGCAUUCUUUUCUUCAACAAUAAUUCAUUUCCAAGAAUUGCAACAAAAAAUCCUGAGGGGCAGCUCUGUGAGGGCAAUAUUUUCCCUUAACUCUGCCUUUUCUGCAGUAGAAUGACAGAGUACCUGAAACUGUGGUUUCCUCAGAAAUAGCAUAGAACAUUUUUAUGAUUGACUUUAUUCGAAGUUUUAGCUUGUAAAAGCUGCAAAAUAGCAAUAACCACCUCUCUUCAAGCACUGAAAAUAGGAGACAGUUGUUAGUUUUCAGUGGUGUCUGCUUAGAAAUGAAUGGAAAUCCCACAUUUUACUACUUUUGUUUCUGUGGAAGGAUGACAUUUAAAAUGAACAAACAAAUGGGAAAUGGCUGGCACCUGCCUGAUAGGCAGCAUCUUCAUCUUACUUUAAACAGAUUAAUUACAGUCUAACCCUGAAAUGCAAAGAUACGUUAGCCUAUAUGAAAUCAUUUCAUUUGGAGAAAACCAGUCCUCUUUUCGAGGAGGAUGUUGUCUUAUCUGAAGCAGGUAUUCAAAAAGAAAAUAAAAAUCAAUAUUUUUGCUCACUAUCAAACAGUUACUGAAAAUAUUUCUGUGUAUUUGCAAUACCUCCUACCUCUGCUAACAGGUAGCACAGUAUCUGCUGCUGCUUACAAUGGAUGCAGUGUUACAGAAGCAUAGGUGAUUGCUGAAUUAAUGUGUACUUUCUAGGAAUCAAAUCUAAACUGAAUUGAGAAAUCAUUUCUGUAGCCCAGUGAUGACGUAAGUAUGCAAUACUCCAGAAAUCAUGGAAAAGUAUAAUCUGUUGGCAUCCUAAGGGCAUUGGGAAAGUUAUGUUCUGAGCAUGGUGUUCUUAGGAGAAGUGACAGGAGCAAGGCUCUUGAGUGUACACAGUGUUAGCCUGUCUCAGAUCUCACCAGUUGCCAGAAUCCCUUUUCAUGUAUGUCAGUACAUUAAGCUGUAAUAUAAUUUAUCGCUUGUAGAAGUUAAUUAGUUAUUUAGGGCAUGGGAAUAAUUUUACUCUUGUAAAUAAUUACCUUGCCUUUCUGUGGACAUUGUACGAGAGUAGAGUUAAUCACACAUAAUUGUUGCACUUAACCCCGGAUCCUGCAAUUUGCAGUACACGGACUACUGCUGCACCACUGUUUGGGAGGGGCAGCAGCCUGCCCAGCUUUAUUAGCAGGAUGGUCCUAUCCUGUGUUUUAACCACAGCCGCAGGUGGAAUCCAUGGCGGGAUUGGGUCCAUGUCUCUCUCACAGAUACUGAGUUAAAACCUCUGGACUGCCUGAAUUGCUGUGAAAUAGCUCAGGGGAUUUCUGCUCAUUGCUACUAAAAGGGCACCAUAAUGUGUUUGGUACUUUUAUGCAGUAAACCACUGCCAGAUUAUUAAAGGAGAACAAGCACAUGAAAUGAACCGUUUAUCCAUUGUACUGUUGAGAAACUCGGUUGUGUAUCUUGAGGAUGAUUUAAAAAAAAAAUUGUGAUUUUUAUUCUUAGUCUUGUAAGAAAUAUUAGAGUGCCUUUUUAUAUUUGCGUAUGAUGGAAAUGUUUUGUGGAAGUUGUCUUUUUUUUUUUUUCCUCAUUUGAGUGUUACAGAAGCAAUAUAUCACCAGUAAAUUUUCAUUUCAAACCUUCUUUGAAUGUACAAAGUGUUUCUCCUUUUCAUAUGUUCUACCUACAUUGAAAUGAAAAUCAAUAUGCUAAAUUUCUAUAGGAAUAAUGUAUAAUUUUUGCAGUGCUGAAAAGGCUUUCUUAUUACACAAAGUAAACCUUAGGUCAGUGUUAUAGGAAAGGGCGUUUGAAACUAGUGACAAUCCAAGUGUGUGUAAAUGUGACUUUAUGCGUUUGUAUGCAGUGAUUAUAUAUAUAUUAAAGCUAAUAUCUCAUGUUUUGUAGGUUUUGUCUCAUAUCCUAUGCUUUAGCAUGUGCAAUAUAUCCUUACAACCCACGGUGAUACGAAUCUGGUGCCAGUGUUAUAUUUUGCAUAACGUUUGUAAUAAACAAUAUGAAAUGUUGUUGCAUCGUUUCGGUGGGGUUUUGUCGGUAUUGUUUUCUUUUGUAAACAGCAGCCCUCGGCUCGACGUCCCGUAUCCCCGAGGCAGGAUGCGGUGCCUCAGCCCGCCCCUUCUCAAGCACAGUUUGUUAACUUCUUUCAACUACUGAAUGCUGUAUUAAUGUAAUGAGAAACCCCACCCGUAAACUACACUUGAUAUGCAUUCAGAUGGUUAUUUUUACAAAUAAAAAUGAUACAAAUACUGUCGGAAAAA